CCUGUCACGUGACGGAGUCAAACAUGGCGGCCUCCCGGAGACGGCUGGUGUGUUUACGCUCCGGAAUCUGGAGCCUCGUGUUUUACAGCGUUUACUGUCACUUAAAGCUCGUUCUGACGGAGGAGCUGGACAGCUGCGACACCCUGCAACUCGGACAGUAUCUCUGUAAUGACCCUAAGAUAGAUGAAGCCACUCAGGAGCCGGAGAACUGCAGGGACAUGACAGCGUGGGUGGAGUGUCUCCCUGCCCCGAACAUCAGCUGUCGGCUCUCCAACGGGACCGAGUUCACCUUCAGUGGGCAGGAGGUGGGCUUCAACAAAUCCAUCCCCUGCAGGAAUGUGAGUGGUUAUUCCUAUAAAGUAGCCGUGGCUUUGUCUCUGUUUCUGGGCUGGCUGGGAGCUGACCGCUUCUACCUGGGAUAUCCUGCUCUAGGCCUGCUGAAGUUCUGCACCGUUGGUUUCUGUGGAAUCGGCGCUCUGAUCGACUUCAUAUUGAUCGCCAUGCAGAUCGUGGGUCCAGCAGACGGAUCAAACUACAUCGUGGAUUAUUACGGCGCCCGGCUGACCCGCCUGUCCAUCACCAACCAGACCUACAGGAAGCCACACCUGUCUCUCUGAACUCACCUGGACCACGCCCACACAACGCUACACACUCCGACAGGAUCUGUUCCUCUCUACCGACACGCUGACGCUGAACAUCAACAACCAACAGUUUAAGAGUUAAAGUGACGUUUAUUCACGGAGCGUUCUGCAUGUUUAACCCACAAACUGUAAACCUGCUCAUCAAUCACACUGUAGAUUGAUCUCUGAUCAGUUUGUUCCACCUCUUCUCUGUCCGGCCGCUCAGUUCUGUCUAUUUAAGAUGUUAUAUUGUGACAUAUUGUGACAUUUUGCUGCUGUUUUGUCUUUAAGUUCUGAUGUUUUUUCAUGAAAACUCUGUAAAUAAAGUUUCUUUUUGCGUUAA